UGGGCUCUGGGGGAGAGGGGUUGUGGGUGUCUGGGUACCUGGCUGGGCUUGGAGGGGGGUGUGCCAGAGAAACAGGAAGCGGGUUGUCAUAGGGGUUUCUUUAACUCUACUCCUGGGGGAAUUUUUUUGUCUGUAUUGUUACAGACAUACUUACUGACAGGUAUUUUGAAAUAAAAUUACCAAAAUAAUUGAAACUGGUGUGAUUAUGUAGUGUUGUUUUUGACAAAAUUUGCAGAAUUUUAAAAUAUUGUGCGCAGAAUUUUUAAUUUGUGGCACAGAAUUUUCCCAGGAGUAAAUGGUGAUAGAAAUAAGGUCAAGUACUGAUGAAUGGCCAGGCGUGGGUGCUGUUGCACAUAGUCCUGCUGAUCCCUUCCAUCUGCAUGUUUUCUGCAAAAGCAGAGUAGAGAGAAAGUAAGUCAGUUGGGUGAUAUGAUGACUUCUGCAGGCCAGGAAAUGAGCUGUGGUAUUAGACUGCCUGGUGUCUCAGCUCAAAGGCAUCUCUAUCUCCGGCUGAAAAUCAGGGUUGAACAAAGGAGCAGCCUGAGAAAGAGGCACAAUCAAGAUGUUUGAAACACUCCAGAAUGUGUAGUUCAGAACAGUUGUAUUCUGCAGUGCAAGGGGAGCAGGCAUAGAAGGUAAGGAAGAAUAUGGAAGGAAGAGGAUAUGGAUGGAUUUCUGCUUUUCAUGCUAUCUGGCUUCUUCUGAGUCUCUGUAAAAGCUCUGCGUGAAGUGGAUUUCUGAAGUGGCUCCAGAUCGUGGUGAAAGGAUGGCUGGGCCCCAUCCGCCCUCCUUCACUGCCGCCCUGGGACUGGCAUUGCUCGGUGUCCUGGUCUUCCUCUCAGCCCUGUGUGCUGCCUGCAGAAGGAAAACUAGGAAGAAGGUGGUCCCACCGGACGGGGUGAAGCUGGUAGAUGUGUCGUUGCUGAGGCAGAUGCAGCUCCGAUCACUCAGUAAAUCUGACACCAAACUGCAUGAGCUCAACAGGGUGAAGCACGUGGAUGAGCAUCAAAGACCAGCCAGCGUGGAUUUCCUUUACCCAUCAGGGUCUUUGGGGGAUGGAGAAGGAGCUGCGCAUAGCUCGAGCUUCAGCAUCCUGCUGCACCGAGAGCUGCCCCAGAUCCCCCAUUCCAACCCUUCGGCUGAUGCCCUGAGUCCUGACCAGACUUACUCGAACCUGUUCUUCUCAGCCCCGCUGAAACCAGCCCCGGAGGCGCUGUACGGGUGUGCGGCCAUGACUCAGGAAGGGCCUCAACCAAUGCCCAUCUUGGGAACCCCAGUGGAGGCAUCCCCUCUAAGCGAGGCGGACAAGGCAGUGACGGCUGAGUACGCCUGCGUCCGCAAGGCGAAGAAAAAUUUCCAGCCAGAGCUCCAGGACGAGACACAGAGUGAAUCCUUUGUGGGGCCUGCGGACCCAGAAGGCUGGGAAGGAGCUGCCUGUAACCCCCCAGUGGUGAAGGUAGAAGAAAUGUACUCGACGGUGUGCAAAGCUGGCAAGAAGAAGAAACACCAAGGCUCUGCUCUGUCCCUCUCUGAAGGAAUGGACCUUGGGGAGACGGGCCAAGGAGAACAGGGGUGGCCAGCUGCCCAUCUUGGAGAUGUCAGGGCGGGGUAUCAGUCCACACCGGGCCAAGUCUCACGCACUGAGCCCUGCUAUGAGUCUAUCAGUGUUGGAUCCUGGACUGAGCACAGCAGGAACCCAGCCCCAGAACCGGCCUACGAGGCGGUAGAUGUCAACUGGAAAAAGCCCAAGAAAAGGGACAAGUCUACCAAGAACUGCCCUGCUGAGAACUUGUAUGAAAGCAUCAGCGAAAUGUGGGAAGGGGACGCUAGGACCACAAUUGCCCUGACGGCUCCCAAUGGGUUGGAGAUAUACAUGACAGACUUAUAACCCCUUAUGCAUAGCUGCCCCCUUCCAGGGACGAUCUGUGCUCCUCCACCGAGACCUCCAGCUGUCUCAGAUCUCAGCCACAUGGCGAGGCACAACAAGAACAUCCAACACCACAACGGUAAAUACUAAAAACAUCAACCCGCUCUAAAUCCUCCUGCCUCAGGUCUCAGGCCAACCUGUCACUAAUGGGAGUUUCCCUGUGGGCCAGGUAUCCCAUUGCUCCUUCUGCAGAAAUCCUUGUACCUUCCUCUGAAGCAGCUGGUGCUGGGCACUGUCUGAGGCAGUUCGCUGGGCUACAUGGACCUAUGGUGACCUGAAAACUACAGGCAAAAGAACUGAGUAAUUCUAAUAGGUGCCCAUUGGAGUUUGGCAUUGCUUGGGGGCUGUGCCCAUUCUAGGAGCACAGACACCCAGGUCAGGUACCUCUCUUGCCUGAGUCUUUCUGCAGGGUCCAGUGAAGCUGGGCACAGAAACCUAGUUAAGGAAAGGGGCAGCUGAGUUAAUAAAGAGGACUCUCCCAUAUGUAUUUUAAUCCUGUUGUUCUGAAUUUCUGCAUCUGUCCCAGCCAGCAGGCUAACAAUGCAGCAACUGAGAUACCCAGAAACAGGAUGGUUUUUAUUGCCUGAGAAUGCACAUUUAAUGGGAUAACAUUGCCAGUUUGUUCCAGUUGAGACGGUGAGGGUUUCCCGUCCAGGUUCUUGGAGCUCUCAUUAUCAGCCUGAGCUGCCCAAGGCUAUAACAGUUCAGGGGUAGCAAAACCAGGCAAACGUUGGCCAGACUUCUGAGUCAGGCUGGAGGGCGCAGGCCACAGGCUCUGGAGCGGCAAAAGGAGAGGACAGGAAAUUGAGGCAGUGCGGUGAAUGGGUGGAGCUCGCCAUUUGGGGCUGAAUGCACAGCAGGUAGAGCAGAUUUGGAGCCAGAUAGCUUUGUGCUCAGUGCAUGGCCUGGGGGCAGGGGGAAAAGGGUGGCUCUAAGUCACCUGUACACCUCCUCCAUCCUUGGGCUGAGCAGGGCCCUUUCAGCCCCUAGCCAAAACAGUACCAGCAGGAACGGUCCUCCAGGUCCUGUUACGCUACCCAGGGACUGCCACUUUGGCCACAGCCCUUCCUGCUGCCAGCCUUCCCUGGUGGUGGCUGAGAACCAGCUAUGCCCUUCUUACGCCACCCUGGGAUUCUCCAGUGUCAGGGGCGUCCCCAGGUGCACUGCUUGUUCUGCGAGAGCCGUGCAUGCCAGACAGACAGAGGGCUGAGCAGCUGGCCCAGAACGCCCAUGUGCCAAGCUUGGGAGUUAUCGUUGGGGGCCCCGCUAACGGGUUACAAGGAGUAACUGGCUCCUCUAGUGCUUGGAAUAUUGAAGAGUCCAGAGACAAAUUAGCAAAAUAAGGACUGUUUAUUAAGAGAGAAUUUCUGCAGAACUGCAGGGCUGAGCUGGAGUGAGGGCUAACGCCUGCCCUAUGUGGAUCUAGGAAUCUCCUCUCCUCACUAACCAACGUAUUAAUACAAGGAACCCACGCUGGCUGACAAUACCCUGAGAACCCCAGACACUGGUGCUUGCUGCUUGGGGAAACUAGGGCUGUGUACAAAUUAACCCUUUCGUGGUGGACACACACACACACACUACAGCUGCCUUGCCUUAGGCUGGGUCUACACUCAAGAGUUAAAUCGACCCAGCUGUGUCGCUCAGGGCGUGAAAGAUCCACAUCCCCUCGCAACGUAGUAAAACCGCCCUAGCCCCUGGCGUAGACAGCGCUCGAUCAGUGAGAGGGUUCGUCCGUCAGCUCGCUACCGCCGCUCGGGGGAAGUGCAUUAAAUUCGCUGAUGGGAGGACCCCCCACCCCGCUGUCAUGAGCGUCUACACAGAAGCAUUUCCAGUGUAAGGAAAUCCGCAGUCCAGCAAAGGAGGAGAGAAUUGAGGACUCUGCCCCAUGGCGCCUCAGAAAUGGUGCUUCUGCCCAGAAAGCAAGCCAGGCCUUGUCUCCGCCGGGAUUCCAGCCACUGGUGCUGCCGCACUAAUGCGGCUCUGAUUUGCCCGCUGGCACGGCUUACCUGCAAGGAAACUGUUCAAAUCAUGCAGUGCCCGGGACAAGCGUGCCUGGGGGCUUCCACCACUGGCUGGAAUCCCAGCGGAGACGAGGACUGCGUUCCAGAGAGCUUGACGAGCUGUGCUGUUCAAAAUGUGUGCUGUGUAUGUAGCGUUUCUGUGUAACGUAGCACCCUUUUAAAGCCCUUACCCUGUAACAGAAAUCACAAACCUCCAUGCACUGCUUUGAUAGUUUGGAAGGUAACUUUGGGAGGCAGUGUUGCCUAGUGAGGAGAGCACUGAAGUGGGACUCAGAAGAGAUGUGGGUUCUAUUUCUGGCUCUUCCACUGGCCUGGGUGACUAUGGGCAAGUCCCGUUGCUGAUCUGUGCCUCAGUUUCCCCAUCUGUAAAAUGGGGAUAAUGAUAUUGAUUUCCUUUGUAAAGUGCUUUGAGAUCUACUGAUGACCAGAUUCAGGGAUUACUGUUUUUCUUCUAGAUGUCUCCUGCUGGCUGUUGAAGGUCAGGAAGCCUGCAGCCCCCUUCAGUUUCCUAUUGCUAUAAUAACACAAUAAUAUCAUUAAAGGGCUGAGAGUGUUUUUAUACUGGAGCAAACAUCUUUUUAAACUUUCACCUAAAAAACGGGCUUGUGGUUGCGUUUUGUUUUGGGGUAUUUUUUCCUGACACAUUGU